AUGGCGCCGCCCGGACCGACCCCGGCCCCGAGCUGGGAAGAGGACGAGUGCCUGGACUACUACGGGAUGCUGUCGCUGCACCGCAUGUUCGAAGUGGUGGGCGGGCAGCUGACCGAGUGCGAGCUGGAGCUGCUGGCCUUCCUGCUGGACGAGGCGCCCGGCGCCGCUGGCGGCCUGGCGCGCGCGCGCAGCGGCCUGGAGCUGCUGCUGGAGUUGGAACGUCGAGGCCAGUGUCAGGAGAGCAACCUGCGUCUGCUGAGACAACUCCUGCGCGUGCUGGCCCGCCAGGACCUGCUGCCCCACCUGGCACGCAAGAGGCGCCGGCCAGUGUCUCCAGAACGCUACAGCUACGACACUUCUAGCUCUUCAAAGCGGGCAGAGGGCAGCUGCCGCCGUCGCCGACGCCACUCAAACACUUCCUCAACUUCUCAGCAGGGCCAGUGGGAGACAGGCUCCCCCCCAACCAAGCGGCAGCGGCGGAGUCGGGGCCGGCCCAGCGGUGGGGCCCGCUGGCGGCAGAGAGGGGCAUCAGCUGCCUCCCGGGAGCGGAGGAAGUCAGCCAGGUCCCCCUCAGAAGGCAAAGUGACCUGUGACAUCCGACUCCGGGUGCGGGCCGAGUACUGUGAGCACGGGCCGGCCUUGGAGCAGGGCGUGGCAUCCCGGAGGCCCCAGGCGCUGGCUCGGCAGCUGGACGUGUUCGGACAGGCCACGGCGGUGCUGCGCUCCCGAGACCUGGGCUCCGUGGUGUGUGACAUCAAGUUUUCCGAGCUCUCCUAUCUGGACGCCUUCUGGGGCGACUACCUGAGUGGCGCCCUGCUGCAGGCCCUGCGGGGCGUGUUCCUGACUGAGGCCCUGCGCGACGCCGUGGGCCGCGAGGCAGUCCGCUUGCUGGUCAGUGUGGAUGAGGCCGACUACGAGGCUGGGCGCCGCCGCCUGCUGCUGAUGGAGGAGGAGGGGGGCCGGCGCCCCACCCAGGCCUCCUGAUCCUGGAUUGGGCAGGACCACCCCCACCUCCUGUCCUCGGGGCCACCUGCCCCCCGAGGACCACCUCUGCCCCUAGCAGACUGUCUCCAGCAGCUCCGAGGACUGCAUGACAGGACAGCCUGUCCGCCCCUGACAGCCCCGCCCCCAGGAUGUGGGCUCUGAGGCCUCAACCACUUCAGCUGAGUUUCCUUAACACCCCCCACACACACACCUCUCCCAUCCCCAGGGUGCUUCCUCAGCCUCCCCAGGCCUGGGACACAGGCAUGCAGACCCAGGCCCAGGCCUCCUGGGGCGGUCUGAGCAGGAGCACACUGCCCUUCCCUUCCCGCAGCCUCCUGCCCCGCCCCACUCCACUUUGGCCUAAGGGCUUCUCUCUCAGGAUCUUUGAUUUUUCUGCCCUGAC